UUCUUUUCAGUGUGGAGAGUGAUCUGUGCAAAACGCAACCCAAAUAGGGGUUUUCUGCUCAAAGCCAGCUGGUCUGGCUUUAUUUCUUUUGUCUUUUUUCUCCCUUUCUUCUUUUCCCUGUUGUCUUUCUUUUCCUUUUUUUUUUUUCUUUUUUACCCGAAACCGGUGAAUGUUUGACUGACCUGGCCCACAGCAGGUGCUGGAGGGUGUAUCUUCCUGGAGAAGACAGUAAACGCCGCUGGUGCCAAGGGAAGAAAAAAAAAGACCCUGGAACCUGGGAAAGACACCGCUCAUGACGUGCUGAACCUCGGAGCGGGAGACAGACGGAAGGAUCUGAAGUGGAAGUUUUGACAGAAGGAGACGCGCAUGUGGAGUGGAUGACGGAGGCUGCGAAUUGAGAGUAGCGAGUGUCGAAAAGAAAGGUCGCCUUGAGGAUUCUCUAGAAGAGCGAAAGAAGAACGUUUAUUACCUUGGGGAGAGCAGAGAAGAGAAGACGGGGACGAUGGGGAGGAAAAAGAUUCAGAUUGCCAGGAUUAUGGAUGAACGCAACAGACAGGUGACGUUUACGAAAAGGAAGUUCGGUUUGAUGAAGAAGGCCUACGAGCUGAGUGUUCUGUGCGACUGCGAGAUCGCCCUCAUCAUCUUCAACAGCACCAACAAGCUGUUCCAGUACGCCAGCACCGACAUGGACAAGGUGCUGCUCAAGUACACCGAGUACAACGAGCCGCACGAGAGCCGGACCAACUCCGACAUCGUGGAGACUCUGCGCAAGAAGGGCUUAAACGGCUGCGACAGCCCCGACAUCGACGCCGAAGACUCGGUCUGCCACAGCCCGGACUCCGAGGACAAGUACCGCAAGAUCAACGAGGACAUCGACCUCAUGAUCAGCAGACAGAGGCUGUGCGCUAUCCCCCCCUCUAACUACGACAUGCCAGUGUCCAUCCCUACCAGCAACCCCAACAGCCUGAUCUACAGCCACCCGGGCGGAUCCCUGGGCAACCACAACCUUCUGCCAUUGGCCCACCCCUCCCUCCAGCGGAACAGCAUGUCCCCAGGGAUCACGCAUCGCCCACCUAGUGCAGGAAACGCAGGUGGCCUCAUAAGUUCCGACCUCACCACCAGUGCAGGCACCAGUGCUGGAAACGGGUACGGGAACCACCGCAACUCCCCCGGGAUGCUGGUGUCCCCAGGCAGCAUGAACAAGAACCUGCAGGCCAAGUCCCCCCCGCCCAUGAACCUGGGCAUGAGCAACCGCAAGCCGGACCUGCGCGUGCUGAUCCCGCCCGGCGCCAAGAACAACAUGCCCUCCAUCUCUGAGGACGUUGAUCUCCUAUUGAACCAGCGGAUAAAUAACUCACAAUCUGCCCAAUCCUUGGCUACCCCUGUGGUUUCUGUAGCAACGCCAACUCUACCAGGACAAGGAAUGGGAGGGUACCCAUCUGCCAUUUCCACCUCAUAUGGUACUGAAUACUCUCUGAACAGUGGCGACCUGUCUCUGACGGGCUUUAACAGCUCCGGGGGCUUGCACCUGGGCUCCAUGACGGGCUGGCAGCAGCAGCACCUGCAGAACAUGCAGCACUCUGCCCUGGGCCACUUAGGAAAUUGCACUAGCACUCACUUAUGUCAGAGUUCAAAUCUCUCCCUGCCUUCUGCUCAAAGCCUGCACAUCAAGUCCGAACCUGUUUCUCCUCCUAGAGACCACCCCGGGGUCACGCCCGCGGGUUACGCGCACCAGCAGGCCCCGUCCCGCCAGGACUCGGGCCGCUCGCCCGUCGACAGCCUGAGCAGCUGCAGCAGCUCGUACGAGGGCAGCGACCGCGAGGACCCCCGCAGCGAGUUCCACUCGCCCCUGGGACUGAUGCGGCCGUCGGCGGAGGAGCGGGGGAGCCCGUCGGUCAAACGCGUGCGCCUGACCGAGGGCUGGGCCACAUGAUAAAGCGGGCCGCGCCCGCGACGCCGCUCCCUCCCUCCCUCGCUCGCUCGCUCGAUCGGUCCCCCGCCCCCCGCCCCCCACCCGCCUCCCCUCCUGCCCCGCCCCACGUGUUCGCUCCAGGAGGGGGGCCCCCCCCAUUUUCUAAAUUUAAGUUUGGUUUAUUCACUUCUUUUUUUUUGCGCUGAGUGUGUGUGCUGUUCAUGUUAAAGUGAUAUAAAAAUGUAUUAGCGGGAGUGGGUGGUAUUGGGGAGGGGGAGGGGUGGGGGGGGAUAUAGGGAAAUGGAAGGGUCAUGCGUAGUGGGAGGGGAGGGAAGUGCAUUAUUUGUGUGGAAAAAAAACAAUAUACAUACAUACGGGGACGUGUGUGUUUAUAUAAAGAAAUAAACAAAAAAAGGUCAGGUACUCUUGUUUUGUAAAACUACUCUCAACUUCAGUGAUAUGGCGUAAUUAAAUGAGUGAGUGGAAGACUAUGUUGCCGAGUCUAAAAGUCAAGCACUUGAGAUGUACAAGUAAUAUUUGUGUACAGCUUAGGUUAUCUUUUACUCAUUCUUUUUUUGCUGCCGUCUUUUCUUUGCAGUGCUCUCUUGCAAAAUGUAUGUUACAUUAGAUAAUGUCAUGUUGCAGGUUCAACGUAUUUAUGUACAUAGAGGGCCAGGGAGGGGUUUCAAAGUCACCAGACUUUGUAGGCUUAUUUACAAAAGAGAUAAAAAGCUGAUAUGCAACUUUUGAAGAAUCACACAGGAUAUACCUGCAGACCCACGACCUGGACCUAUGUCAAAUAUUUUCCCUCAAAGUAUGGAGCUAAUUAAUGCCAUGAUCAAUCAGAACUCAGUAAAAGUGGACCAUACUUUUCUUUAAGAGCCAUGUUAGAUAAUUACACAAAAUUCAGGUCUAGAAUUACGUAAUCAGAAUAAGAAACAUGUACGAUACAUUUUGCGUAUAUUUUCGUAAAAAAAAAGGAAUAAAAUGCAAAGCAUUUGUGGCUUUUUGUAGUUUAUAUAAGCCAGAAUGUGUUUUUGAUAGCUUUGCUAUUAUAUGAAAAGCCUAGGAGAUGAUAAAUUACAUGGGUUUUUGUAUAGAAAGCACUACCCUAAGCCAUGAAGACAGAGGUUAAAACCCAUGCUUUGCUGAACAAAUAACUGUUUUCUCUUUGUAGAGGUUUUUGUUUUUAAAGUGUAUUUCUUAUUAUAUAUAUAUAAUAUUAUUAAGAAUCUUUAAAAAAAAAAAAAAAAUCUGUGAAAUUAACAUGCUUGUGUAUAGCUUUCUAAUAUAUGAAUAUAUAAUAAUGGUCAUAGCAAACAACGUUUUAUCUUAUUAGUGGGGUUAUGUAUGUGCAGUAGCACAUGUGCUGUUCUGUUUGAUGGCUAACAGAACUAUUCAGGGGUAUGUUUAGUUUAACCUAACCAGCUACAAUGAUCCACCUGUCGACCUAUUCACAGGUUACCUGUAUUAUUAGAAGACCUCUGUACAGACGAUGACAUAUCAUGGGAACUGGCUGGCUGUUCCCAUGCACGGAAAUGCAACACUCCCAUUAAAGCUUGAACACACGUUUGUGUGCCUGUUUGGUGAAAAAAAAGAAGAAAGUUAAAGUCACACUUCAGUGAAACCAAAGUGUUAGAAUUUCUACCAAAUACCACGGGUGAGGCAUGGUGGCGGGGGUUUGUCCUAUUUUAAAUAUUUUGGCAGGAUAUUGUAUAUAUAGUGCCCAAACCUUUCGCCUCCACCCCCUUACUUGAGUUCGGGACGGUGUUUGGUCACGCACCAUCCCAAGCGAGCUGGAGCUCGAAUUAGGAGUCAGAUGAAAAGCGAUGUGCGAUUUGACCUCGAGAAAUGACAAUUUUGAACUAUUGAAAUAGCAUAUUUUAUAGCAUUUGUAACCUUGACGGUUUUGCUUUUCCUUUUUUUAGCUGUUGUUAGUGUUGUUGUGGCUGUUGUGGAGAAUUUGGUCCGUGUCGAGUGUGAACGGGGGAAGUGUUGUAUCGGUGCAUGGCCUGAGGGGUGAGACAGCUAGACAGGGUUCCUCUUUCCCCAGACAAAUGUGACUUGAAAUUAUAGCAUAGCAAAGCGACAACGUAGGAACCCCGGCGAGCUGGUUGAGGAGAAGCACAAUUUGGGAUUUUGACACGUCACUUUUUUACAGAAAGCUAGGCAUCUCUCUCUCUCUCGGCCUCUGCCUCAUUAUACUGGAUCUGCUGUUACUCAAUGUUAAGGUUAUUGCUAUCAAAGCUGUGUGCAGUUAAUAUGAGGUUACAGUGUUAAUGCCGCAUGCACAAAGUCAGAUUUAAGGGGCGGAGCCCUAGAAGUUAUGUUCUAUGUCAUGUUCAUUUUUCUAUUAUUGUCCAUUAAAUAACACAGUCGUGAGUACACACAGUUAAGGCAACAUCAGCAUUUAAUGUGAAACCAAAACCAGUGGCUCUUUCCAUGUUGUAACUUUGAGCUUCAAUUGCGUGUUGUUUAAAGAACACUAAUGACGAAAUGAUAUUAGUGCGUACAAAAAUGUGUACAAAUUUAUUUUCACAUUGCCCUCCCAUACUCCCAUACAUUUUAACAGUUAUGUUUACGUUUUUAAUGAUUAUAUCCGGAAUAUGUAAUGACCUUGGGAAAAAGCAAUGAAUUUUUCCUUGUUUGGUCUGUGGGGGUGUUCACUUAAAAUAUCUUGGUAACACCACCGAUACCAGUUACAGCAAAUGAAGCUGUCAAUAUUUUGGAUUCUCCAGUCACUGGAUUAACAUUCUGAACACUGAUUUGCCUGAACUGCCUGUGGGGAAUUGCUUAUUUUCAGUAACACUUUGGAACAUGGCUCUGUUAUAAAGGCUCAAUAAAGAAUGAAUAACUAGUAAUGUAUAAAUAUUAUGUUUAUUGUUGUAAUAACAAUAAUAAUUGUUAGUUUAUGUGUUAUAAAGUUCCUCCAAUAUAAACCAAACAUAUUGCAGCCUUUUCUCAAUCUGGCAACACUGGUCUCCUUAAUAAUAAAUUGAACACCAAUAAUAACAUUGGAAAACCAUCAAUAAUUUUUAAAAUCAUACACAAUUUAGUUUUUACUACUUUAUUAUGGAUUUAUAACAGCACCACAUUCAAAAGUCUUACCCCAUUUUCUAUGUAACAAAACAGGUCAAUAUUGUCACAUCUGCUUUGUGGUUCCCCUGGGCACUUAACGGAGAUACUUAUCAGAGUACUGUUCUUUUUUUUUCCUGUAAUGUGCUUCAAAGGGUUCAGAUAAUGGAUUUUGUUCAUAUGUUUUUUUAACCAAAGACAUGGAGCAAUCCUUCAAUACUUCUGAUCAGUAUAGCAGUGCUUCUGUAAUCAUUUUAUUUAUUAUUACUAUUUUUCUUUAAUUUUUUUUUUUUUGCAAUUGGAUCUGCCAGUUCUGUGACCUGAAAUCUGUUUGUACCUCAUACUGACCCAUACAGUACCUCAAAUGCUAAUUAUUGAUUCAAUUCUGUGUAAGAACAGUGAUGAUGACAACAGUGUUUCUAAGGCAUUGCGUAACAGCAUUGUAUUGAUUUGCUUUAUCAAUCAUAUAAUCCACACACAGUUCUAGGAUUGCUCCAACAGUUUUUUUGUUGUUUUUUUUUUUUGUUUUAUUCAAUUUUAUUCUGGAAAAAAAGUUGUUUCUAUUCAUAAAUAAUUCACAGAAAAAAUACACAAAAAACAGUAGAAACAAAUGUAGCUUGUACAAAACCUGAAAUGGGGAACGUCUGACGUACAUGUUUGUAACUUUAAAAAAAAAGAGGCUCACAGUGGCAUAAGCUGGCCUUUGUCGCCACUUGAAGACAAGAUGUUAUUAUAAAAACCCACAUCUCUGUAUCUCAAGGGACUUCAUUCAGCUGUCUGUAGUGAAUACGAAUAUGGAAAUAAAAUAAAGAUUCUCUUGUUGGAAAAAACAUUAUUUGUAUUUUGCAGACAAUUCAGUAAAUUUACUGGCUUUCUUAGUUA